UCAGUAUCAGCAUCAGCACCAUCCCUGGGUAUCCGCGCACAGCAUGGGGCACUGCAGCACCCUCACCUGCCUGCUCUUCCUCACACUCCCCUGGCAGCACUCUGCAGAGCAAGUUAUUCUUCUGGAUUCCAAAGAGUCACAAGCAGAACUGGGCUGGACCUCACACCCAUCUAAUGGAUGGGAGGAAAUCAGUGGUGUUGAUGAGAACUACAAACCAAUUCGUACAUACCAGGUCUGCAAUGUGAUGGAGCCAAACCAAAACAAUUGGCUGCAGACAGGCUGGAUUUUAAGACGAAAUGGCCAAAGGAUCUUUAUUGAGCUGAAAUUUACACUAAGAGAUUGUAAUAGCAUUCCAGGGGUGGCAGGGACAUGCAAGGAGACCUUUAACCUUUACUACAUUGAAUCUGAUUAUGACCUUGGAAGAAACAUUAAAGAGAGCAAGUAUGUCAAGAUUGAUACUAUAGCAGCUGAUGAGAGCUUCACACAAGGCGAUCUGGGAGAACGCAAAAUGAAACUGAAUACAGAGGUCAGGGAGAUUGGGCACCUUAACAAGAAAGGCUUUCACCUGGGAUUUCAGGAUGUUGGAGCUUGCGUUGCCCUGGUCUCUGUGCGUGUCUAUUAUAAAAAGUGCCUGUCCACUGUGCAGAACCUGGCAGUAUUUCCAGACACUGUGGCAGAGGCUGCUUUCUCAACUCUUGUGGAAGUAAGGGGAACUUGUGUGAAUAACUCUGAAGUAGACCUUGAUAAUCCUCCCAGGAUGCACUGCAGUGCAGAGGGUGAAUGGCUCGUCCCUAUUGGAAAAUGUACUUGUAGUGCUGGAUUUGAAGAAAAAGAGGGUAGCUGUACAGGUAAAAAACAGUUUAUGGUCUCUAUAGAUUUGCUGGAAUAAUACCAUAUGUAACAGUUUAAUCUGUAAAAAAAUAAUGCAAGUGAAUGCUAAUGGAUAGUAGGCAAUUUUUCUAGUCAACAUUGUUAUCUAUCUAUGUCUUGAAUGUACUUUCUGUAACUUGUAUCCCCUGGUAUUUUUACCAGUUUGGCUUAUGUAUUAAGGCAAAAGUGACGCAAUAUACCAGAGCAUUCAUAGCUGCUUUCAGUGGGGUGUGAGAACCUUUUGUAACUAGGUUUUUGUUUAUAGAUGAUCAGUUUUAAGGUAUUCAGGGCCAUAAUUUGUAGCCAAUCAGGGCAUUAGAUCAUUCACAGUUCAAAGGCACAAAGCAACCCUGUACAAUAUUAAAAAAACACACACACACACACUAAUACAAUAGGCAGCAGAUCCGUGGACUGUGCCUUUAUUAGAUUGUAAAGACCCCCUCUGUGACUUGGCAUAUGCCAUAAUAAGUAAAAUUUAUUUGCAAAAUCCAGCAAGCAAAAGUAGCAGGAAAAAAAACAACUGUAGCUGCAUAGAAAAGGGUAAAGCAUAGUCAAAACAGCUUAUGGCACAUAUGCAAGGGCAUAAAUGCAUAUAAAUACAGUAUAUAUGUAUGUGGUUUUCUUAUUAAAUUUGGAAUGUGAUUUAAAUAAUAUAUACUGUAUGUGAUAUAUUAAUAUAUGCAUUUCACUUGGCAUUAGUCUUUUUUGCAAUUAAUCUUGGUGUUUUGCUGGUAGUUUUGGAAGAAUUCUGUGUGACUUAACAUUUGUUAGAUUACACAAAUUUAUAGAAAGCUAAGGGUAGGUUUAACAAAAUGUGAGUUUUUAUGUAUUAAGCACUAAACUCACAUUUUGAUAAAUCUGUCAGUUUUGUUUAGAUUUAGUUGUUUAGAGUAAACAACUAGAAAGAAAACAAUAGAAAAAAAAUAUCCCAAUGUAAGAAACAAAAACGAUAUGCAGCGAUAUAGAAUUAGGAAAUGCUCCGGGCUGGCUCCACUUUUCGCCUUUGCACGAAAAUACCAUAUUUGCUGGCUUUGCACUGGCGGUUGCUGACACAAAUGUAUCUUUGUAUUUUAAAGCUGGCUUAAAACAAAGCAUGUUAUAAUCUCAAGUAACAGGCUAAAAGGAUUAUUUUAUUGUGUUUUUCAGUGAUAUUUUUCCAACCAUUUGGUUUCCCAUAAAGUUAUAACCAAAGGCAUACCCACAAAAUACAGGAACCUUCAAACACAGCAUAUGUGUAAAAGUUUACUUUUACAUGAUCUAUAUAUGAGAUAUAUGUUGUGAAUCCUAAAUGGAUUUUUUUCUCAGACUUUAAGACCAAGGAGUAUGACACCAUUCACUGGUAAAAAUGCCUUGCAGUUUUGCAGUACUGUUUGACAUGCUACUCCCAUAAAUGCUUGUACAACUGAAUGGUGGCAUGAGUUGCAUUUUGCAAAUAGCCGAAGCACUUCUAAUUCUCACUCCUGGUCUAAAAGAGCUUGAAAAGUAGCACUGGCACUGCAUUAGUUGUUAGCCUAUUAUUAUAUGUUCUACAGGAUGCGUGGGCUAAGCAGAAAGCUGGAUUAAACUGGAUCAUUCAUAAUUAAGCCCUCUGAAUCCUCUCUGUAUUGUCAUAUCUGGGUACUUCUGUGCUUCUUGAUAUGCUUAGUUAUAUACUGUUGUGCCUUUAUUUUUUUGUAAAAUCAACAUAUAAUAAGGUGGAAAAUAGGCAUUAAGCCUACAUUGUACCCAGGUGUGCUUAUCUGAUUUCAUUUUUAUUUACAUUCAAAGUGUUUAUAUAACAGAAAUUAGUUCAAAGUCACCUUCAAAUCAGGGGGGGGGGCCUUUUCCUUUGUGUGAUCAAUUGUGACAAUGUUGCAUGAUUAUGUUCAGCAAUUUGCUUGUUUCUAAUACUAGUGGCUAGGGCAGUUCGCUAGGAAGUUUGCUAAUAUAACUGUGGUGCAUUGAUUGCUUUGUAAAGGUGACAUUGAUGCCAAGAUAACCUUCAUAUUAACAUAUAUAUACCUCAGUAUAUUAUAAUUCAAUGUAUGAAACUAUAGUGACCUCUAUACAAGCUGUAGAUAUACUAUAUGUGACUUCACAUAAUGUGGGGUUGUGAACUGUUAAGAAGGGAAGCAUGCAAGGAUUACAUUUUAAUAAUCUAUCUUCCUAAUAUCAGAAGCUGACUGUUCUACCUCAGUCACAUUUCAACCUCUGGACUAUCAAUCUUUCCAGUGCAGCUUAGUGUUAACCUCCUAACUUCAGCUCUCACAAUGAGUCGAGAUGCUCAAUACAAUUUUAGACCUAGCAGUAUUGAACGUAUGCCUCUCAAUAACUCAGCUGUUACGCUGGGAUUUUGACAUCCCUGAUGUAAGGGUCAUGCUCUUGUAAGGGUUAUGUGAAUUGUCAAUAACGUCCAGUUAAAGCGGAACUAUUAUUAUAUCUAUAAAACCUUAGAUUUAGCCUUAACUAAUGCGGUGUCUUUCUCUGUACAAAAGCGUUCGCACUGUCUGUAGACUUAUAUUUACUCUUGUUCUUCUAAAAAAAUUGUUUUAUCUUUGUCUCUUGUAUUCAUAUAAGCCUCUGAAUGACAGUAACUGCCUUAUCUUACAACACCAAUGAAAAUAACUGUAUCCCAUCCCCCCAAAUCUAUGAACUUUUCCCUUAGAAGUCAUAUGCUUACCAGCAAGUACAAAAAGAGCAGAACUUCAAACAAUUAAACCAGUGUUAUUUAAUGAUAGUUCCCCUUUGACAGGUUAUUUUUAGCAAUUGUCUGAAUUCAGCUUAGCACGAAAAGCUGUGUUAAUACUUAAUCUGCGUGUGAUUAACCACUUGCAACUAGUGAAUUUAAAGAAAUGUAUUCUUCCAAUGUUAACAAAGUACAGUUGUGAUUCUUUUUUACAUUUUAAAAAUAAAUUGCAUUUUUGCCAUGAUAAAAAGGUAA